AUGGGCGAAGUCAUCGUCACCAGCACAGAACGCGAAAGAUUUAAGAAAUCUGCCACAAACUUUCAGGAUAUAUCCCACAACUCACUCGUGUUAUCUCACAUUGUUGCCUAUUUGCCCCCAUCAUCAAUCACCAGACUCACAGCAACAAACAGAGCUCUCCGAGACACCAUCAAACACACGCCGGGGAUUUAUCGCCACUUGGAUCUGCAGACCGUCAGGAAAGCCCAUAUUGACGGCGGCGAGAUUACGACAAGUACGCAGCUUGAUGAGAGCUUGACAGAAGACGAAUUACAUGCUGCACCGUUGCGAGACUUGUUCUCAAUUUUGCAGAGGCGAAAUAUCCUGCAAGAUGUGCAGACACUUGUUCUUGAUGGACUCUCGGUGACGGCAGACUUUUGCCAUGACAUCAUCAACGGCCCUGAAUUUAAAGUCAGGCUGCUUUCAAUCCGCGACGUGAAGAAUCUCAAUCAUGGGAAACUUUGCGGUGCGCUCCAGUACGCUUGCCGCCCGAGCCGGGAUGCAAGUCCGCGUCUAAAGGGCAUUUAUCUAUUUGGCCCCAAAGAUGAUGAGUCUACUACUACUACUACUCAGUCGGCCACAGCCCGUGAAAGUCCGACCGCAGUUGGUCAUGAUCAGGACCAGAGAAGCUCGAGCGCAUUGACGGAGACGUUGCAGCAGCGCAGCAGCGACGAUGCCUGGUGGGAUGUCAAAGGCCGACAGCUGAUGCGUCCGAUUCAGAAGGAGUGGGCAAAUUGCCUGCUUGCCUGCAGUGGCGUCAUUGCAUUCGAUGCUCUGCUCUGUCAAGGACCACGCCACCACAGCAGCCGGGCUGCAGGGCACCCCAACGUCCUCGCUGAGCUCGGGCCUGCCGUGGCUACUUAUUCGCUCUCUGGUUGCCAUGGCUGCGGGAAAGCACCCGAGGGCAUGAUUUCGCCGAGCUCGCAUACCGUGACCGAUUUACCGUUGCUCGCGCCCCUGCCCGUCUUGUGCUCGUCGCUGCGAGCUGCCACUGCGCCUAGCCUGACAGCUACGGCCUUUGUGCCCCGAUGUGCAGAGUGCAUCAGAGAGCGCUAUUGCCACUGCUGUAACAAGUGGUGGUGCGAGUCAUGCUACCAGCUACCCGGCCAGGGGUCUCAGCAUGAACCGGCCGUCGUCAUCGUGGAUGAUGCUGAUAAUAUUGGCCAGCUCGAAGAUUACAUGCUUCUUGAAGAAGCUAUCGCAAAACAAAAGAGUCGAGUAACUAAAAGCUGCUGGGAAUGCGGCAAUAGCUGCGAAGACUGUAUUGACAAGACGCAGCGAGUCUGCAAAAAGUGCUGCGCCGGCUACUGUACCGUUCACAAUGAAGGGUCGUCUGCCGAGUUUUGUGACUGGUGUGUAUCGCGCGGUCGCAGACUAGCCAAAACAAAGGCACACGGCGGCAGCUCGCUGCCACUACCAAAGCUGCGAGACAUUCGCCACCUAAAUCACAUCCGUCGAAAGGCUGGAUUUUAA